UGACAACGUCACACUCGCACACAGCGACGCUGCAGUCUGAACUUUUGGUGGAAGAGGCUUCAUUCACAAGAUGCUCGCAGCCGCUGCACUUCAAGUUAUUUUGCUAACAGCUUGGCUUCAUCCAAGUUAUGCACUCUAUUUCCACAUUGGCGAGACGGAGAAAAAAUGCUUCAUCGAGGAAAUUCCAGACGAAACCAUGGUGAUCGGAAAUUACCGAACACAGCUUUGGGAUAAACAAACUAAUUCCUUUCUCCCAUCCACACCGGGUCUUGGGAUGCAUGUUGAGAUCAAGGACCCUGACGCAAAGGUCAUUCUGUCUCGUCAGUAUGGGUCCGAUGGUCGGUUCACCUUCACAUCUCAUACUCCAGGAGAGCACCAGAUAUGUCUGCACUCCAACUCCACCAAGAUGGCGCUGUUUGCUGGAGGGAAACUGAGAGUGCAUCUGGAUAUUCAGGUUGGAGAACAUACCAAUAACUACCCUGAAAUUGCAGCCAAGGACAAACUGUCUGAGCUGCAGCUGCGUGCCAGACAGCUUCUCGAUCAGGUGGAACACAUCCAGAAGGAGCAAAAUUACCAAAGGUAUCGAGAGGAGCGCUUCCGUAUGACCAGUGAGAGCACCAACCAACGCGUCCUCUGGUGGUCCAUCGCUCAGACGCUCAUCCUCAUCGUCACAGGCAUAUGGCAGAUGAAGCACCUCAAGAGCUUCUUCGAAGCUAAGAAACUGGUUUAGCCGGAGUGUGAAGAUGAGCAGUGACGGGGAGACAGCUUUGGAGACAGACCUGAAUGACUUGAACAAAGACUUGCUGUGCAAGAAUUCAGGCAGAGACUUUUUUUGUUGAGUAUCAACCAUGGAUGAUGAAGGCAUGUGCAAAUUCUAAAAGGCAGUUCUCAAUAUUUUAUAACAGCACAACAUCUGAGUUGCCUCUUUGUUUUAUUUGCUUGACAACGCCGGGCAACUUUUGGUUAUGCAUCAGCAGAUUUUACUAUAUUUUUUAGUGCCGUAUAUUGCUUCUUUGGGGUUUAAGUAUCCAUUAACUUCACCAUGACAAAUAUUCUUAUUUGCCAACAUCUCAUUUCCCUUUAGACUUGUGCUUACACACUGAACAAAUGAAAAAAAGCUGUAGUGUAGGGCAAUUAAAGGUUGUGUCAGUGAAAGACUAUUAAAAAUAUGUACACACAACUGCACCCACAUUCUUGUAACUAUGUAGUUACUACUAUUGUGUAAGUCUUUGAAAACGCAAUGGGAUUUUUUUUUUCAAAUUGUCAAAAGGAGUUGAGAUAUAAUUCUUUGUUCUAAGGGUUGAUUAUACUGGAGCUAGAAGUCAUUUGGUGUUCAUGCAAUGUUUGUUUAAACCUGCUUAUCUGUUGUCUGCACAUUGGAGCUUGUUGGUCUGGGUUUUUGUUAUAUCAGGUCUUAUUUAUUACUGUAUGGGAAUACCACAAGAUGUUCUAGGUUCACUUUAUUUAUGCUGGACCAUUGUUAAACGGGGAAGAAGAUUUAAAUCACAAGUCUAUGGAGUUUUCAGUUUGUUGGUUUUAAUUCUUAGAUGUUUCAUUUAAAUAUCCAAUUCUUCAGGUGCACUAUGGUCAACCAGCGACUGCUCUAGCAUUGAAGUCGUGAUUGCCACCUCCUUAUGCUUAAUAAAGACAUUGGGUUGAAACGAAAAUUGCCAUGUUAUAAACUAUCCAUCCAUUUUCUGUACCACUACUUGAUAAACGUAGGUACAAAAAAUACAUCUUUCCACAAUAUUUAAAAUCUAUUAACAUAUUUCGUGGAGAUCAACCAACUGCUUCAAUCCUAGCAUACAGAUUUAAAAGAAAAUCACAUUGCAUAGAUCCCCUCACACCACAUAACAGCUACUUGCUGCCUACACAGUAUUAUGUGAUCCACGCUUGGCUUUUAGCUCCUAUCAGGAGACAAAAGAGUACAAAUAAAACCUCAAAACUAAAUACAAAAAAGCCAUUAUAAAGGGAUGAGAGAUUUAUUAAAUCAAGUCUGCUUCAGCUGCACAACAAAAAUGUACAUUGAUGUGAGAUAACACAGUCAAGCACAUUGGGUUGGACUGGUAGAAAUUAACAUUGCCACAUAAAUUCUCUCGGUU